GGGCGGGGCGCCCAGGUGAGGGCGCGCAAGCUGCCGCGGAGGAAGGUGACAGCGGGGAGGGCGGGAGGGUGGGGGGAGGACGCGCGAAGGAUCCGAGGACCGACAGACUGACGGACCGACGGGCAGGUAUGCGGAUGGCCCGGCUCUAGUCCGGGCGCAGAGCUUCGGCCGCAGCCAUGGAGCGGCGGCUGCGUGCGCUGGAGCAGCUGGUGCGGGGCGAGGCCGGCGGCGGCCCGGGACUCGACGGCCUCUUGGAUCUGCUGCUGGGGCUGCACCACGAGCUCAGCAGCGCCCCCCUGCGGCGAGAGCGCAGCGUGGCGCAGUUCCUGAGCUGGGCCAGCCCCUUUGUAGCAAAAGUGAGAGAGCUGCGGCUGCAGAGGGACGACUUUGAGAUCUUGAAGGUGAUCGGCCGAGGAGCCUUCGGGGAGGUCGCCGUGGUGCGGCAGCGGGACAGCGGGCAGAUCUUUGCCAUGAAAAUGCUGCACAAAUGGGAGAUGCUGAAGAGGGCCGAGACAGCCUGCUUCCGGGAGGAGCGGGACGUCCUGGUCAAGGGGGACGGCCGUUGGGUGACCGCUCUGCACUACGCCUUCCAGGACGAGGAGUACCUGUACCUGGUGAUGGACUACUACGCCGGUGGGGACCUCCUCACUCUGCUGAGCCGCUUUGAGGACCGCCUCCCGCCCGAGCUGGCCCAGUUCUACCUGGCGGAGAUGGUGCUGGCCAUCCACUCUCUGCACCAGCUGGGUUACGUGCACAGGGAUGUCAAGCCGGACAAUGUCCUGCUGGACACGAACGGGCACAUCCGCCUGGCGGACUUUGGCUCCUGCCUGCGUCUCAACAACAACGGCAUGGUGGAUUCGUCGGUGGCAGUGGGGACUCCCGACUACAUCUCCCCCGAGAUCCUGCAGGCCAUGGAGGAGGGCAAGGGCCACUACGGCCCGCAGUGCGACUGGUGGUCGCUGGGGGUCUGCGCCUACGAGCUGCUCUUUGGGGAGACGCCCUUCUACGCCGAGUCCCUGGUGGAAACCUACGGCAAGAUCAUGAACCACGAGGACCACCUGCAGUUCCCCUCGGACGUGCCCGACGUGCCGGCCAGCGCCCAGGACCUGAUCCGCCAGCUGCUGUGCCGCCAGGAGGAGCGCCUGGGCCGCGGGGGGCUGGACGACUUCCGGAACCACCCCUUCUUCGAAGGGGUAGACUGGGAGCGGCUGGCGACCAGCACCGCCCCCUACAUCCCUGAGCUUCGAGGGCCUAUGGACACCUCCAACUUCGACGUGGACGACGACACCCUCAACCACCCGGGGACCCUGCCACCACCCUCCCACGGGACCUUCUCGGGCCACCACCUACCGUUUGUGGGCUUCACCUACACCUCAGGCCGUCCGGGCCCUGAGAGCAGCCCCGAGCCGCUGGCUGCCCUGGAGCGGAAGCUCCGCUGUCUGGAGCAGGAGAAGACGGAGCUGAGCCGGGAGCUCCAAGAGGCCCUGCACAUUGCCCCGGACCAUCAGGAGCGGGAGCAGCUGCGGAAGGAGGUUCAGACCCUGCAGGACAGGCUGUCAGAGACGCUGAGGGACAGCAAGGCCCCCUUGUGCCAGACGGACGGGCCCCCUGCUGGUAGCCUAGGCCGGGACAGUGACCUACGGCAGGAGAGAGACCAGCUUCUCCAGGAGCUGGCUGAAGCUCGGGCAGGGCUGCGGGCGCGGGAGAAGGAGCUGUGCAGCGCCCAGGGGCGGCAGGAGGAGCUGCUCCAGAGGCUGCAGGAGGCCCAGGACAGAGAGGCGGCUGCGGCCAGCCAGACCCAGGCCCUGGGCUCCCAGCUGGAGGAAGCCCAGGCCGCCCGGAGGGAGCUGCAGGCCCAGGUGGCCGCCCUGAACCGGGAGGUGGCGCGGCUUCAGAGACAGCGGGAGCGAAGCCUCGGGAAGGCGUCCGCCCGGGUCAAGACCGUCCACACUGCCUCUGAGACCAACGGCACGGGGCUGCCCGAGGACGGGCCUCAGGAGGCACAGCUGAGGAAGGAGCUGGCCGCCCUGCGCACGCAGCUGGAGCAGGCCCGUGGCCCCGGGCCCAGUGGAAAGGAGGCCCUCUGCCGGCUGCAGGAAGAGAACCGGCGGCUGAGCCGGGAGCAGGAGCGGCUGGCGGAAGAGCUGGAGCGGGAGCAGCAGAGCAGGCAGCGCCUGGAGGGCGAGCGGCGGGAGACGGAGGGCAACUGGGAGGCCCAGAUUGCAGACAUCCUCAGCUGGGUAAAUGAUGAGAAGGUCUCAAGAGGCUACCUGCAGGCCCUGGCCUCCAAGAUGGCCGAGGAGCUGGAGUCCCUGAAGAACGUGGGCACCCAGACACCGCCCGCGCAGCCGCUGGACCACCAGUGGAAGGCGAGGCGGCUGCAGAAGAUGGAGGCCUCGGCCCGGCUGGAGCUGCAGUUGGCCUUGGAGGCCGAGAUCCGGGCCAAGCAGGGCCUGCAGGAGCGGCUGACGCAGGUGCAGGAGGCCCAGCUGCAGGCCGAGAGCCGUCUGCAGGAGGCGGAGAAGCAGAACCGUGGCCUGCAGCAGGAGCUGGCUGCACUCCGGGAGGAGCUGCGGACCCGCGGGCCCGGAGACACCAAGCCUUCAAACUCCCUGAUCCCCUUCCUGUCCUUCCGGGGCUCAGAGAAGGACUCUGCCAAGGACCCUGGCAUCUCAGGAGAGGCGCCGAGACCCGGAGUGGAGCCGGAGCUGAGGCCGGAGGGCCGACGCAGCCUGCGCAUGGGCGCUGUGUCCCCCAGGCCACCUGCUGCUACCGCGGCCCCUGCAGAAAGUCCUCCUGCCAAGCCCGGGUCACAUGUGCUGCGCCCCCGGAGCUUCCCAUCCCCCACCAAGUGUCUGCGCUGCACCUCGCUGAUGCUGGGCCUGGGCCGCCAGGGCCUGGGCUGUGACGCCUGCGGGUACUUCUGUCACUCAACUUGUGCCCCUCAGGCGCCCCCCUGCCCUGUGCCCUCUGACCUCCUCUGUGCGGCCCUGGGAGUGCACCCCGAAACCGGCACAGGCACUGCCUAUGAGGGCUUCCUGUCGGUGCCACGGCCCUCGGGCGUCCGGCGGGGCUGGCAGCGGGUGUUCGCUGCCCUCAGCGACUCGCGCCUGCUGCUGUUCGACGCUCCGGACCCUCGGCUCAGCCCGGCCAGCGGGGCCCUCCUGCAGGCACUGGAUCUGAGGGACCCCCAGUUCUCAGCCACCCCUGUCCUGGCUUCUGAUGUCAUCCACGCCCAGUCCAAGGACCUGCCACGCAUCUUUAGGGUGACAGCCUCCCAGCUGACGGUGCCGCCUGCCACGUGCACCGUGCUGCUGCUGGCGGAGAGCGAGGGCGAGCGGGAGCGCUGGCUGCAGGUGCUGGGCGAGCUGCGGCGGCUGCUGCUGGACGCUCGGCCGAGGCUCCGGCCCGUGUACACGCUCAAGGAGGCCUACGACAACGCGCUGCCGCUGCUGCCCCACACGCUCUGUGCCGCCAUCGUCGGCCCUCUGACCCCUGACUCCUUCCCGUUACCAGACCAGGACCGGCUGGCUCUGGGCACUGAGGAGGGGCUGUUUGUGAUCCACCUGCACAGCAACGAGAUCUUCCAGGUGGGCGAGUGCCGGCGGGUGCAGCGGCUGGCCGUGAGCCCCACGGCGGGCCUUCUGAUCGUGCUGUGCGGCCGCGGCCCCAGCGUGCGCCUCUUCCCCCUGGCCGAGCUGGAGAGCAACGAGGUGACGGGCGCCAAGAUCCCCGAGUCUCGGGGCUGCCAGGCGCUGGUGGCCGGACGCAUCCUGCAGGCCCGCACCCCCGUGCUCUGUAUAGCCGUCAAGCGCCAAGUGCUCUGCUACCAGCUGGGCCCGGGCCCGGGGCCCUGGCAGCACCGCAUCCGUGAGCUGCAGGCGGCAGCACCCGUGCAGAGCCUGGAGCUGCUGGGGGACCGGCUGUGCGUGGGCGCCGCCGGGGCCUUCUCCCUCUACCCGCUGCUCAAUGAGGCUGCGCCCUUGGCGUUGGGGGGUGGUCUGAUGCCCGAGGAGCUGCCGCCGUCGAGAGGGGGCCUGGGCGAGGCGAUGGGCGCCGUGGAGCUCAGCCUCAGCGAGUUCCUGCUCCUCUUCACCACUGCUGGGGUCUACGUGGACAGCGCCGGCCGCAAGUCCCGCAUCCACGAGCUGCUGUGGCCAGCACUGCCCACGGGCUGGGGCUACGCCGUCCCCUACCUGACGGUGUUCAGUGAGAACUCCAUCGAUGUGUUUGACGUGAGGAAAGCGGAAUGGGUGCAAACCGUGCCGCUCAAGAAGGUGCGGCCCCUGAACCUGGAGGGCUCCCUGUUCCUUUUCGGCACCGAGAAGGUCCGGCUGACCUACCUCAGGAACCGUCUGGCAGAGAAGGACGAGUUCAACAUUCCCGACCUCACCGACAACAGCCGGCGCCAGCUGUUCCGCACCAAGAGCAAGCGCCGCUUCUUUUUCCGCGUGUCGGAGGAGCAGCGGCAGCAGCAGCGCAGGGAGAUGCUGAAGGACCCUUUUAUGCGCUCCAAGCUCAUCUCACCGCCCACCAACUUCAACCACCUGGUGCACGUGGGCCCCACGGACGGGAAGCCCAGAACCAGGGACCUGUCCCCGCAGGCUCCUGAAGCGAAGGGCCGAGGUGCCCGCAGCUCCGUCCCACAGCGGCCCCACAGCUUCUCCGAGGCCUCGCGGCGCCCAGCCUCCACGGGCAGCGAUGGGAACGCGGACGCCAUGAAGAGAAAGCCUUGGACAUCUCUGUCCAGUGAGUCCGUGUCCUGUCCCCAGGGAUCCCCGAGCCCUGCACCUUCCCUGGUACAGGUCUCGGAGCGGCCCCGGAGCCUCCCCCUGGCCCCCGAGGAAUCGGAGAGCUCCCCUUGACACCCUCGGGCAGGGCCCACCCACAUCCCAGGACUGAGAUGUGAGGGAGCAAAGACCUCGAGGAAUGCCAUGCUCCGGCUGGUCCGGGACGCGUGGGAAUUCGGACUCAGGGAGAGCCCGCGCUGGAUAGAGGCUGGGAGGCCGGUGUGGGUCCCCAGCACCCGGGGAGCCUGACUCCCAGCCCUCACCCCGCCUUUAUCCUCUGCUCCCAGCCCGACCUGCACUCGCCACUGGGAAUAGAAUGGUCCGCCCUCUGCCCCGGGGGCCCCUUCUGUCCCCGUGUGCACUGAUGAUUGUGCCAAAACUCUCGUUUUUUUGCGCCAGGCCUUGGGAGGCUUACAAGCAAGAGUCGGGGUGAGGGGCAGAGGAGGCUGGGUCCCUGGGAGCGGUCUCAGGUCUGGGCUGUGUGCGUCUGGCCCCCAGCGAGGCCACGGUGGGGCAUAUCCCAGGCUCUGCUCGGGGCCGGGCUCUGGUCUCGAGGAAAGGAAGCUGGAGAAGCAGGGGGAAGGAUGUA